AAGAUAGCAUGAUUAAGUCUCGAUUUAUGAAAACACGGACGGUCAGACUAGGGCUGUGACUAUGACAAGAUGGUGCGAGGCUGGGCGAUGUAUCCCCGAACGUCUUGUGGUGCUAGUGUCGGCCUUCCUAACUAUGUUCUUCGGUUCGAGUCUGAUGUCGGCAACAGGAAUAAUACAUGUGGCUUUGCUGGAGCACUUUCAGGAACCUGUUCCAGUUACUGCAUGGACAGGGGCACUGUUCUCUGCCUGCUUCUGUCUAGGAGCACCUUUAGCUGGGAUGGUCAUCAACUUGGUCAGCUGUCGGGCAUGCAUCAUCUGUGGGGCCUUUCUUAACCUAAUAGGAUUCGGAGUGUCCAGUUUUGUUAACAACAUAUACGUCCUUUAUCUAACGUAUGGCAUUAUUGCGGGUACUGGUCAAGCAUUUGGAUACACGGGUUCAUUCGUGGUAGUUGGAUUUUACUACGGAAAACAGCGGAGUUUAGCUACGGGAAUAGUUGUGGCAGGAUUCGCGGCUGGAAUGGUAGUCUUUCCAUUUUUCACACAAAUUCUUGUAUCAGAAUUUAGCCUGAAGGGCACAUUCCUCUUGCUGUCAGCAGUGGGAUUUCAGACGUGUGUGUUUGGUACCAUAAUCGCACCGGGCCGGACAGAACGGGCGCUCCAAUCUGAGGCCAGAAGACGUCGUGAAAUUAGUAAAACGUCAUCUUGUAAACGGUUAUAUGAUGCUUUCAGGAUACUUGGUAAAAUGUCGUUUCUUAUUUUUUGUGUAAGUAUAUUUUUGUGGUGUAAAUCUUUAUCGAUCGUUACGAUGUAUGUUACGGAUUUUUAUCAUUCUACCGGAUCCAGUAUGGCGGAGGCUGCCUUUCUAACGUCACUUAUUGGGAUCGGAAGUAUAAUAUCACGUGUUAUGGUUGGAAUCGCAGCAGUGGAUGGUGGAGUAGACCGGAAGUUAUUGUAUUUCGGAUCGUAUGGAGUAAUUGGUGUGUUUACAUUGACUUUACAAUUCUAUGGAACGAGUUACUGGGGUAAGGCCUGUUUCUCCUCGUUGUUUGGCCUAUACACAGGAGGAUCGUGGACGUUGCUCAGUCCAAUCACCGUGGAAUUAGUAGGAUUAGAAAACCUGGCCAGUGGCUUCUCUAUUGAAAUGGUUGCUGCUGGACUUGGCCUUCUGGCCGGUCCUAUUGUCGGCGGGUACUUGAUUAACGACGUAACGGGAUACAGCUAUGUAUUUGGGUACGCAGGUAUGAUGCACUUUCUGGCAUUUUUCUCAGGUUUGUUAAUGUCGCUUUUCACACAACAAGAAAUGGCAUCCCGAGUUACACUAGAACAGAAACAUAUUGUAGCGUCUGAGAAAACAGAGGAUAUUGUAGUUUUAAAUGAAAAUAAACUGGAACGUACGUCAUUCCUAAGUCAGCCCAUGGACGAUUGAAGGAAGUGAGAGUCUAUAACUGAUGCUGAACGCAGCACCAUGAAUCGCGAUGAGGGGGUGGUUAUCGACAUGACCGUGUGACAUUCUAUAGAUUACGUCAAAUGAAUAGCAUAAUGCAGUUCUCUGUAAUAUGAAUUAAGUUAACGUCUUAUUUUAGUUAUAUUUUUUUGUUUUGUUAUGAUGUAGCAAAAAGAAAAAAAAAUUAAACUCAACUUUGUUCAUACGUAGAACACGA